AUGCUAAGCCUCGCUAUUUCCUUGAUGAUGUCAAUCGGAUGGACGUGGCAUGAUGGUGUGCAGUCAUUGAAAACGACUCGUCAACUUCGUGAGAUGCUACCAGAUGGCUCGCAAGAUGAGCUACACGUUCUGCGUCUGUGCCUUAAUGGGCUCUUCUUCCAGGUCUUUGCGACAUUCGAAGACAGUGACAUGUCGGACGCAGAUAGCAAUGAGAAGGUUGAUGAGGUGUUGACGACACGUCUACAGCUGCUGUGGUCAAUCGUGAGACCGUCUGACGCUCCUCUUAGCGAUGUUGCACGCCUACGCACAACACUCGUCGAAGCAACGUUGUCGCUUUUGCGUCCCUUAGCUCUUUUCUAUCACGCUCUCACUUUGGUAAACCCUCCAGAAGCUCUUAAAGAUCCAUCCGUCGAUGAAUUCGAGCCUCUAUGUCGAUACAUGGGCCUUCCUUAUCAUCUUGGUGAACUUCUCGACGGGUUGGCCAUAGAACAGUUGUUUGAUAUGUGGUCUGCUGCUAUGCCCGCUUUUCCACAUUCAAUUGUUCGUCAACCUAUACGAGCAACACAACUUGUAGACCUUCCUUAUGACUUUAGUGAAGUCAUCCAUCUAGCUUCAGCCUUCAAGUGUCCGUCAAUUCCACUGGAUGAAAAUGCUGCCAACGUGCCAACAAUGUGUCUGGUCUGUGGACAGAUUUUGUGCUCUCAAAGCUACUGUUGUCAGAAGCAGAUUGGUAAAGAAAGCACAGGGGCGUGUCGAUAUCACAUGCUCCAAUGCUCUGGACCCAUGGGAGUUUUCUUG